GUGCCGGUUGGGACCACGGUUGUCACAAUUAACGCUACUGAUCUUGAUGAAGGGACAAACAGCGAAAUUGUUUAUUCUUUAAGUAGGAAAGACCAAGAUAAUAUUCUAGAGAUGUUUCAUAUCGACCCAUCUACAGGCGCUAUCACUGUAAAGAACAACAUAGAUUUUGAGCAGCGGAGUGCUUUUGAGAUUCGAGCACAGGCGAAUGACAAAGGCCAGCCUCCCAUGGCGGCGCACUGUAAAGUGUUAGUGGAGGUCUUAGAUCUAAACGAUAAUGCUCCUGAAAUCACAGUAACUUCAUUAUUGAAAACGGUUAAAGAGGACGUCAAAAUCGGCACUGCCAUCGCCCUCGUCUCCGUGUCCGAUACAGAUGGUGGAAAAAAUGGCAUUGUGACUUCCGCAGUUAAAAACAAAGUUCCAUUUAAACUCGAGCUGAACUACAAAAACUAUUAUUCGUUAGUGGUGGACGGUCCAUUGGACAGGGAAAACGUUUCCGUGUACAAUGUCACCAUCACAGCAACCGAUGAGGGCACACCACCUCUCUCCAGUUCUAGUAUUAUAACUGUAGACGUUGCUGAUGUGAAUGACAACGCUCCUCGUUUCACAGAGUCUGUCCUUAAUGUAUACAUCAAGGAGAACAGUCCAGUUGGCGUAGUAAUGACCACAGUGUCUGCUUCUGAUGCUGAUACCAAUGAGAAUGGUCUAGUUACUUAUUCAGUUUUAGAUAGUGGUGCACCUAUAUCUACACUGGUGAAUAUAAAUUCAAUGACAGGGGAUCUGACCUGCUUACAGUCUUUAAACUAUGAGGAAAUUAAAACUUUUCAGUUUAGAGUUCAGGCCACAGAUUCUGGUGUUCCUCCUCUCAACAGCAAUACUACUGUUAACGUGUUUGUACUGGAUGAGAAUGAUAAUAGUCCAGUAGUUCUUCCUCCAUAUUCAGAGCAUGGCUCUGUUAACACUGAGAAUGUUCCCUAUACGGCGGAAGCUGGAUACUUUGUAGCCAAGAUCAGGGCCGUAGACGCAGACUCUGGAUAUAACGCACUGCUUUCUUACCACAUCUCUGAGCCCAAAGGAAAUAAUCUCUUCCGUAUUGGAACCAGUAGCGGGGAAAUCAGGACUAAGAGGCGAAUGAGUGACAAUGACCUGAAAACUCAUCCAUUAAUUAUUUCAGUCUCUGAUCAUGGAGAGCCUUCACUCUCAGCGACUGUGUCUAUCGAUGUUGUCGUAGUUGAGAGGGCCAGUGAAAUUCAAACAAAGUUUAGACAUGUCCCAGUCAAGGAUGGCACUUUUUCUGACUUAAAUCUGUAUUUAUUGAUCGCCAUUGUCUCAGUAUCAGUGAUCUUUCUACUGAGCCUCAUCAGCUUGAUAGCUGUAAAAUGUCACAGAACAGACAACAGUUUCAGUGGAUACAACCCGCCAAUGAUCACCACACAUCCUGAUGGAACCUGGUCUUACUCCAAAUCUACACAGCAGUAUGACGUUUGUUUUAGCUCAGACACACUGAAGAGUGACGUAGUAGUUUUUCCCACACCGUUUCCACCAGCUGAUGCUGAACUGAUCAGUAUUAAUAGUGGAGACACCUUUCAGCGGACACAGACACUUCCAAAUAAAGAAAAGGUAAGAAUUCCCUUUAAUUUAAAGGGUGUGGGGAGAAUUGGCAACAGCUGGCAAAAUAACCAUGUAACCAGUUUGAACUAGAAUGAAAUUAUGGAA